CAUUGACAGUUUGUUAAUCAAAAUCGUGUUGUCGAAUCGCGACAGUGAGAAUUGAAUACCAAAAAAUAAUAUCUAGUAAAAUUUACAUUCCUUCUGUAUUCAAAUAUUUUCUAUUUAAAUACUUCAAACUACAAAUUGAUGAUAAAACAAAGAGAGAGAAAAGUUUGCUAUAUUUAUUAAAUUAGUGCGAUCCAUAUUGAACAUAUUACGGGUACAAUUAUAAUUAAUUAUUUACUAAUUAGUAGUAAAAUGGAAUUCUCUAUAAAUUUGUUUACACUAAACUGUUGGGGUAUCCCUAUUGUAUCCAAAAAUCGUAAGGAAAGAAUUGAAGCAAUUACUAAGUAUUUACUUUCCGGUGACCAAGAUAUUGUAUGUCUUCAAGAAGUAUGGAGUGAAAAUGAUUAUCUCUAUUUGAAAGAGAAUUUAAGUAGUGUACUGCCAUAUUCACACUAUUUCUAUAGUGGAGUUCUUGGUUCAGGUCUAUGUGUGUUCUCCAAGUGGCUUAUAAAAGAUGUCUUCUUUCAUCAAUGGCCGUUGAAUGGUUACAUUCACAAGAUACAUCAUGGAGAUUGGUUUGGAGGGAAAGGGGUUGGUCUUUGUCGCAUUAAAUAUUUGGACAGAUUAAUAAAUGUUUAUUGUACACAUUUGCAUGCUGAAUACCAUGAAGAUGACAUUUACCUAGCCCACCGAGUAUUGCAAGCACAUUCGACUGCCGAGUUUGUGAACCUUACCUCUUCUCCAGCUGAUAUCUCCUUUCUAGCUGGUGAUUUUAAUACAGCUCCUGGAGAAAUAUCGUUUAGAUUAAUAACUCAAAUAGCAAAUCUUCUAGAUCCAUGUGAUGUAGAGUCAAUUGGGGACACAGCAAAGUUGAUAAAAGCAUUAGGGACCUGUGAUAAUAUCAAUAAUAGCUACUCUAACCCGAAAAUGACAAAAACCUGCCCGGAAGGAAAGAGAAUUGAUCAUAUACUGUUCAACGUGAAUUCAGGAUGGGAGGCCGAAGUCAUCAGUCUCAAGAAUCCACUACAAGAUAGAGUACCAGGACAAGAAUUUUCAUAUUCAGACCACAACGCCGUGUCGCUCGAGUUGAAGGUUAAGGCAAAUGUCAAAAACAAGGAACGGCCUAAGAGCGUUUACGACAAAUAUGAUGACACAGUAGUAGAAGCAAUUAAAAUCUGUAAAGAAGCAAAAGUUACUGUGGUGAAAUCGAGAAAGUUAUUUUUGAUAACCGGUGGUCUUAUUUUCAUGUUUUUGAUUGGUUCGGUUGGGUAUUGGCCGAACAAUGUUUUAGUCGAUAUGAUUAAAAUAUUCAUGACCGGUAUUUGUUUUUAUUAUAUUGUUAUGGGGACGAUUUGGAAUAGAAUUGAGAUGAAUAGUCUUAAAGCUGGGUUGUCAGCAUUAGAAAAUUUCCAAAGGAGUAGUUUAAGUGAAAAUUAGUGUAAAAAUAUUUAUUUAUUUAUUAGGUACAAUGUAAUUUAUAUUACGUUUUAAACAGACUUCCAAAUAUAAUUUUUUUCAUAGCAGUCUUUUCCUAAUAAUGUCUACGCAGUAGCCUUUCCUAUGUUAAGCUUUGGCUAAGCCAUUUGUUGUUUAUAGUAAAAACGAAAACAUGUGUUCUAUACCGAAAUCUUUAAAAAAAAUAAACCAAUUUUUUUUCGAAAUUCAAAUAAUGUAUGAAAUUAUUUUUGUUGUAUCUGAAUAUUUGGAAGCAGAUAUUUCAAUAAAUACAGUACUUCAAUACGUAAUUACUAUGCAUUUAUCAGUGCUUAUAAGCUAUUAUUUAGGACGGAAUUUUUACGAUUUUCGUCUUAAAGAUAAGUUUGCCUUGUAAGAUACGAGGCCCAUAAGUGUACAUACCAAUAAUUGUGAUAUUUUAUUCAUACUCAUUUUAAAAAUAAAUAACCAAUUCUUA